CCGGGCUCUGCUCUGCUCACACCGCUCCCUCCAUGGCCGCCUCAAACACCUCGUGAUCCCACAGUGCCCGCUGUCGUGUCUCGUGCUGUUGCCAGCCCUCUGUUUCCUUCAUCUCCACCUCUGUCCACUCCUCUUCCUCCCGAGCCGCUUCCUCUGCAUUCAGCUCGUCUGCUUUUGACCCCUUUCGACGGAAAAACGAUGAGAAAAAGCGCCGCCACCUUGACUGUGACACUUGAACGUCGUUCUGCUCUGCGUCGUUGCCAGCUACUCGGACCGCUGCUACCUCUGAUGUUGCCUGGCUUUCCUCCAUGCCCAUCACGGGCUCCACACUGCUCACGUAAGGCGCACUCGGUUCCUCGGAGUGGCCGCUAAGACCAACUGGCGCGGACUGUAUAAGCCAGGCAACGAGACACGUAGGACAAGUAAGAGACAGAAUCUCUGUAGUACCAUGAUCGAAUCGUGGACCGCGAGAAGAGCCGUCAAAAUGUCUUGCAGAUGUGGCCGUUGAGAUGGGUCCUCGUUGAGUGCUGCCUGCGCCACCUUGCUGAGCUUUGCUGCGACCUCUUUUGUCCAUUGCAGCUCGGCUUCCUCCCUCUUAUGAAGCGGCUUCACCUUCCUUCUAAAUGUCUUGGCCAUACCAUCGGGUUCGAAGAGAGUCGGGACGAAGUCCUGCCAUGUAAGGCAGUUGGUCAGGUCCAUCCUGUCUGCCAGCCUCUCCUCCUCUUGCUCCGCCGCCUGCACCUCGUCCGGCCUCCCUCCCUCCUUUGCCUCUCGUAUUUUGAUGUCCCACUUGAGGUUCUUCUGUAAUGUUACCAUCUUAUAGUUGUCCCCACUCACGUAGUAGCGAAUCCCGUGCCCCGCGCCCCAGCUGGCAGCAGUCGGCCCGAUGUAGAUCGCCGUCCUAUCCCAGGUCAUUGUCCCUCGGAUCUGCAUUGCGGCUGUCAUGAAGUCCAUCAAAUCGUUGAUGCGCACCAUCUCCGCGGCCUCUUGGUCUGGCUGUGCCGCGCGUGUGUGAUUGCACACAGCUCUCCAUCUGCCUACGGACGUCUCAGGGGGGGCUGCAAAGGGCGUCAGAGCGAGGACCUGUAGCUGCUCCUCUUGGUCGCGGGCGUCUGUCGGCACUCUGGCUGCAUAUGGCCCGAUAGAUUCUCGGCACUCUUCUGGUGUCUCCUCUGCCUUGAGAGCAUUGGCGAGGUCGAUGAUGAGGGCUCCAGGACAUCUCCCCAAAGCCGGCAGCUGCGCGGGUGAAGGGGUUGAGGGGAGAAAACAGACAGACCGAAAGAAGUCCUCGUCUGUCAGAGCUCUCCAUUUGAGCAGGACGUCAUUGCCGAGGUUGUCCACCGCAUAGAGGAGGGCUUGGGAUAUCGUUAUGUGAGCCUGGAGAAAGAGACAGAGGGCCCGGACGCCUCUGGCCAUGUGACUUCGGAUGGCGGCCAGAUCAGCUGCUGAGAGCGGCCCGCUGUAUUUCUCUGAGAUCUUGCGCAGAUUGUGGAGACGGAGGGCAUCUGAAAUGUCAAUGUAUUCGUCCUUGUCCGGGUCCUUCCCGACUGCACACAAUCCAACAGACACACACAUGGCCUUUCCCUCCACAUGUGCCUGGCUCGUCGCAUCAACUUUGGCUUACGUUUUUGCAACGGCGUUACGAUGAAAACGCAUGGUCUCUCUGUCCUGUCAGAUCCCUCGCCCGUGAUGAGGGUGGCCGGCCUCUCAGGGUUGGUAUAGGCGUAGCGAAGCGGCAAGAAACCCCUCUCCCUGAUGUCCUCGACAUCGCCCUGUCCCUUGUGCAAGUCACGAAGGUAGAUCAUCCGCUGUUCUUCUGCUUUGAGAUAGGCGGCGAGGCUUUCGGCGCCCUUCCCGUCGAGCAACCUCACCUUGAAGGCGGCCUCCUCUUCCAUGAACAUGCCGCCGUACACUCGUGAGGAGCCGCGGUGCGUGGACUGCUGCGUCAUUGUGAACGUUCGUUGAACUUCCGCCCCCUGCGGCUCUCGGACGCUGAUCUGCGUCGGCUGCGAGACGGGUAUCAUAGGCAUGGCUGCAAAGCUCUGUGUGCGAACGAACGAACGAAGGAACGAACGAACGUGUGCCUUGGGU